AUGUUUAAAUACUUCCAGAAACAUUUCACACUGCACUGGGCCGAAUGCAAGAGACGGAGGUCACGUCUGGUGUCAAAAGAUGGAAGGUGUAACAUAGAAUUUGGGAAUGUUGAAGAACAGUCAAGAUUUGUUUGCUUGAUCGACAUCUGGACCACCAUCCUGGACCUCAGGUGGAGGUAUAAGAUGACCAUUUUUAUUUCAGCUUUCUUGGGCAGCUGGUUCCUUUUUGGUCUUCUUUGGUAUGCAGUGGCCUAUAUCCAUCAAGAUCUGCCAGAGUUCAGCCCUUCUAUAAAUCACACACCAUGUGUAGACAACAUCAAUGGCUUGACCUCAGCUUUCCUCUUCUCCCUGGAGACCCAGGUCACUAUUGGCUACGGGUUCAGGUGUGUUACGGAACAGUGUGCCACGGCCAUUUUCCUUCUCAUCUUUCAAUCUAUCCUAGGAGUUAUCAUCAACUCCUUCAUGUGUGGGGCCAUUUUGGCCAAAAUCUCCAGACCCAAAAAGAGAGCGAAAACGAUCACUUUCAGCAAAAACGCUGUGAUUAGUAAACGAGGCGGGAAACUCUGUCUUCUCAUCCGAGUGGCCAACCUCAGGAAAAGCCUGCUGAUUGGAAGUCAUAUCUAUGGCAAACUCUUGAAAACCACCAUCACACCUGAAGGGGAGACCAUCAUCUUGGACCAAGUCAACAUCCAUUUCAUGGUGGAUGCGGGCAACGAGAACCUCUUCUUCAUCUCCCCCUUGACGAUAUACCACGUCAUCGAUAAGCACAGUCCCUUCUUUCACAUGUCAGCGGACACCCUCCUUCAACACGACUUUGAGCUGGUGGUGUUUCUGGAUGGGACCGUAGAGUCCACCAGUGCAACCUGUCAAGUACGGACAUCUUACAUCGCUGAAGAAGUCCUCUGGGGUUACCGCUUUGCCCCCAUCGUUUCGAAGACCAAAGAAGGGAAAUACAGGGUGGACUUUCACAACUUCAGCAAAGUUGUAGAAGUGGAAACUCCACAUUGUGCCUUUUGCCUCUACAACGAGAAGGACAUGAAAGCCAAGGCCAAGAUGGGAUUCGACAACCCAGCUUUUGUGUCCCAGGAAGUUAGUGAAUCCAGUGAGACAAAGAUGUGA